GAGAUCAAAAGAGAGUAGGAAAAGACAUAGAGAGAAGAGAGAAAAGACAGAGAAGAGAGGGAACGAGAAAGAGGGAAAAAAGAGAAAGAGAGAGAGAAAACUCUCCCAUCCUUUCAUUGAAUUGUAAUAAGCCGUCUUGCCCUCCGGAGAAGAUGAAAUACAUAAUAGGAAUAGGAGGUGUGACCAAUGGGGGCAAGACCACUUUGACCAAUAGACUUAUCCAAGACCUCCCCAACUGUUGCGUUGUCCACCAGGAUGACUUCUUCAAGCCACAAGAUCAAAUACAAGUCGGGGAAGACGGCUUUAAGCAAUGGGAUGUUUUGGCUUCUCUGGAUAUGGAGGCGAUGGUGAACACCGUGAACGCCUGGAGAGAGAACCCCGUCAAGUUUGCCCGAUCGCAUGGGGUGAGCGUCUCACACCGAUCAAAGAUGCCCGACGCGGACGAUAUCCACGUAUUGGUGGUGGAAGGAUUUCUGCUUUAUAACUACAGGCCUCUGGUGGACCUGUUUGAUAAGCGCUACUACUUGGCCGUCCCUUAUGAUGAGUGCAAACGGAGGAGGNNNNCGCGUAAAUACACUAUUCCUGACCCUCCUGGUCUAUUUGAUGGUCACGUCUGGCCAAUGUAUCUUAAGCACAGGAAGGAAAUGGAGGCCAGUGAAGUCAACGUUGUUUAUUUGGACGGACUGAAGUCCCGGGAUGAUCUUUAUCUGCAGGUCUUUGAAGAUAUUCAGAACACGCUCUUGAACUCUUCAUAGGAUCUGUGGGAAACAGAAAGACCUCUGUACAGAUUUGAUGUAAAUAUAUAUUCUGUAUAUAUAUUUAGUAGAAGCAUGGAGGAUUGAGUUUUGAAACCCCGGCUGGACAUUGUCCUUUAGGAAACAACUUUUUGUAUAUAAUUGAAUGCUAAGAUGACUUAUUUACCAUACAGCCAUGGGGAGUUUUUUUUUUAAUUUUAAAUCUUAUUUUAUGCUCCACCCACAUUAUGUUUUUCUGCUGCAUUUUUAUUCCUGGAUGAAGUUUGUAAAAUACUGCUGCUUAUGUCCUUUACCAUUAAUAGCUUCUGUAACUACUUGUGUAAUAAAUACCCACAAUGUAUAUUCAAUAAAGAUUGAGAUAUU